AGCUCCGUCUGGACAUGGCGUCUCCAGGACCCGGCUCUGAGACUACGAGGGACGGCUGCUCAAAGGAGGAUGCCUGCGUUGGUGGUGCAUGUGGGCCGGUGCAGUGGGAGUUGCAGGAGAUGCAGGAGACCAUCCUGGAGUUGCAGGACGAGGUGCAGCAAUGCAGAGCCGUGCAGCUGCACAGCGACAGAACCAUCCAGCAGCUGGAGAACAAGGUGUUGUGUCUAGAAAGGGAGAAGCUGGAGUUGGAGAAACAGCUGAAGACGUUCAACAGGAAAAUGAGGGAAGCAGCGGAUGAGUGGCAGCGUUUCCAGGCGGACCUGCAGACGGCCGUGGUGGUGGCGGAAGGCAUGAAGGCGGAGAGCCAGCAGCGGGUGGUGCAGCUGGGGAGGGAGCUGGAGGAGGAGAGGACCACUUCCCAACAGCUGCAGAGGGAGCUGGACGCCCUGCACUCUCUCAGGUGGGUCAGCAGGAGGCGCCGGUGAGGGAGGGCAGCCAUUAACCAGCGUCCUGUUGUCCCUGCACCAAUGGGCCUCUGCUUUACUUCGGAGAUACAGCACGGAAACAGGCCCUUUGGCCC